UAGAUCCAUCAUCCAAAACAAAAAUCUAGCGGCCCAAAACACCCCACCACCAUCUUCAAUUUUCAACAUUUCCCAGCUCAGAAAGAAAGAAAGAGAGAGGAAAACGCUUUAUCUAUUCAAAGAGAAAAGGCAAAAACCAAUAAAGCAAAAGCCUUUCUUUUUGUUUUUGCAAGAACCUGAGCUUUCUUUGGCUUCAGAAACAAUUGUUUUGUCUUUUUUUUUCAAAUUGUUUUGAGAAAUUAUGACAGAGGUUUUGAGCAAGACAAAUCUAUUUUCUUCUGGUAAUUAUCAAACCCGGCAACACAAUACUAUUUCUGUGUUUACAAAGAGUUGCAGGCUUAAAGGGUUUCCUUCGAGGGUCAAACCACAGGGUUUGAGAUCUCAAAUUUCAAGAUCUUCGUCUUGUAGUGAUUUUUAUGGCAAGAGGGUUGUUGUUCAUGGAAAUCAAAGCAAACCCAGAAGAGGGUAUCUUCCUCAAGCUUCGGUUGUGGCUCUGACUGGCCUUAAACUUAAAUAUGCUAAAAAAUGGUGGGAGAAAGGUCUGCAACCCAACAUGAGAGAAGUAACUUCUGCGCAAGAUCUUGUGGAUUCCCUAAUGAAUGCUGGGGACCAACUUGUUGUAGUUGAUUUCUUUUCCCCUGGAUGUGGUGGCUGCAAAGCUCUCCAUCCCAAGAUAUGUCAAUUGGCAGAGAUGAAUCCAGAUGUACAAUUUCUUCAAGUUAAUUACGAGGAGCACAAAUCCAUGUGUUAUAGCCUCAAUGUCCAUGUGUUACCAUUCUUCCGGUUUUAUAGAGGAGCUCAUGGCCGGUUAUGCAGCUUUAGCUGUACUAAUGCCACGAUCAAGAAAUUCAAAGAUGCAUUGGCCAAGCACACACCAGAGCGAUGUAGCCUUGGGCCAACAAAAGGGUUGGAGGAAAAAGAACUUGUUGCAUUGGCAGCUAACAAAGAUCUCUCCUUCACGUAUACACCCAAACCAGUUCAACCUGCUCCUGUCCCUGCAGAGGAAGAGGUAGCACCAACAGCAGGCCCAUCUCAUUCAGACCGAGGUCUACCACUUCCUCUUCCUAUAACAAGCUCGAAGUCUGCUCAAGACUCAGAGGAGAAAACCCUUGUGAGUUCUGGGAGAUGAUGUGGGCAGUCAUCAGUGACCUCCUCCCUACUAUCAUUGUACAGUCUGUGCUCUACUUUCAUUUCGUAUCAAUAUUAGGAAUGAACAAACCAAAAGAGGCUCAAGUCAUGAUGUAUGUAUGUCCUCAUGGAGUUGCAGGGUUACGGAUUUAUUUUUUUGGAUCCUAGCCUUUGCAUGUACGAGCCUUAAGAGGGAUCUAAUUUUUAAAAAGUUUUUUUUUUUUUUUUCGUUUGGCUUGUACCGAUUGCAGUAUCAAUUUAAUGCAGCAGCUAUACAGCUAAUAUUUCCAUCA